AUGGAACUUGGAAUCAUCGCGCCAAGUGCGUCAGAGGCACGCAGACCAAUUCCCACCAUCCUGGCCAUUUCUAGAGGCGAGCAGCGUCAUGUGGCAAGACUCUUCCGGGCUUUGCGGGCAGAGACUAGAGGAUGGCAACUGCUGGUCCCGAUGCGUUCAGGGAGUUCGCCUGACUUCUUCGAGCCGGCUGGCAUCACAAUGCUGCAGCAAUUCCUUCAGGCAGUUCUGGACGACCACAACCGAGACAUCGCGCCCUUUGCGCCUAUGAGCAAUGUUUUUCACAUGAUGGGCGUAAGCCAUGGUUCUGCUGCACUCCUCUCCCUCGCUAGCAAAGUUCCAGAACGGACUGGCUCUUUGAGCCUCAUCACCGGCUUUUUUCCUCAGUUCUGCGAGAUCGAGGCUCUUCGGAAUAUGAAGAGCAUCCACUUCUAUGCUGGGGAUCAAGAUGAGCUAGGUCAUCGGGAGUACUUGAGAGGUAUCAAGGAGUCUUUGAAGGAAGCAGGAGGGCAUGCUCAUAUGCAUACUGUCAAAGGAGCGAGUCACUAUGACAUUGAUGAGUUUAUUGACCUGGAGGCUUGGACUGUGGCUCUGACCCAACCGUUUACAGCGCAGACCACCACGCUUUUUACAGUUGGGAACAAGGAACCCGGGGGCUUGGUGGGUCCAGUUUGGAGGACCUUUGGCAACGCUUGGAGCUUGCGCGCUGAAGCGCCAAACUCAAGAGAUAGUCUGUGA